AUGGCAGACAAGCAGGACAUGGGGGAAAUCGCCAGCUUCAAUGAGACCAAACUGAAGAAAAUCGAAAUGCAAGAGAACACCCUGCCGACCAAAGAGACCAUUGAACAGGAAAAGAGUGAAAUCUCCUAA